AGCAUGGCCGAGCCGCUACUCAGGAAAACCUUCUCCCGCCUGCGGGGCCGGGAGAAACUUCCCCGGAAAAAGUCGGACGCCAAGGAGCGCGGCCGCCCAGCCCAGCGCCCAGAGCCCAGCCCUCCAGAGCCAGAGCCCCAGGCUCCCGAAGGGUCCCAGGCCGGAGCAGAGGGGCCCCCCAGCCCUGAGGCAUCAAGGAGCCCUGCACGGGGGGCCUACCUGCAAAGCCUGGAGCCCAGCAGCCGCCGAUGGGUGCUGGGUGGGGCCAAGCCAGCUGAGGACACCUCUUUAGGGCCUGGGGUACCUGGCAGUGGAGAGCCCGCGGGCGAGAUCUGGUACAACCCCAUCCCUGAGGAAGACCCCAGACCUCCAGCACCUGAGCCCCCAGGGCCACAGCCAGGCUCAGCUGAGCCAGAGGGCCUGGCCCCCCAAGGUAAGAACAAGCUUCACAUCUCCUUCCCCUAGGUGAGCACCAGCCUCACAUCCCUUCCCUUCAGGGGAGCACUAGCCUCACACCCCCUCCCCCUCAGGGGAGCACAAGCAUCACAUUCCUUCCCUUCAGGGGAGCACCAGCCUCACACUCCCUCCCCCCAG